AUGGUCGUCACGGCCGACGAAGGCACGGCGCAGGCGCUUGCAAUGGGCAGCGUCUACGACGGCUACUUUGUGCAGUCGACUGCCGCCGCUCUCGAGACCAAUCGCACGAGCGAAACCUCGGUCAACGACCACGGGCUGGUCGAGGCCGGCGACGAUGGCACGAUGGUCGGGACCGGCCCAGACGGGGUCGACGGCGGGCGGGAGCUCGGGCCGAUGAUCUAUGCGACGUACUUUCGGGACGAGACGGCGUGUGGCGGGCGGACGGGGAGCUUGGGACCGAUCCUCGACGCCUACUUUGACCAAGCGGAAACCUUGGACGACGGCAGCCGCGUCCGGUUCGACGAAAUCGAACUGGGCGAGGACGAUGACAAUGACGCAGUAUACCCCAACCACGUCGCCGCCGUCUAGUGUUGGCCGCUACGGCACAAAAGGCAGUCGAUCGUCUUUGCUUC